AAAGGACGCAGCUCUGCUCACUUUUUCCACCAGCGCAAGCUGUUCCCGAUCCAAUCCCUAAAACCCUAACCCUAUAGAUUCUCCUUCAUUCUGUACAUACUGCUUCACCGAAUUGGGAAGGAGCGAUUGAGAUCGAGCUGCAAUAAUGUCUGCAAUGGUGUGCGGAAGCAAGAGAACUCUGUUCGAGGACCAAAUGGAUCCUCCGGCUUCGGUCUCACCUCCUGUAUCUAAGAGAGUCCGGCGUUGCUCGCCGUCUUCUUCGUCUGCUUCUCCGAUUCGCUUAUCGGCAUCCACUUCGGCUGCUUCAGAUCGGCUUCUAGCUCUGUUCCCUCACGUGGAGCCUCAGAUACUUGAAAGAGCAUUCCAAGAAUGUGGGAACGAUUUGGAUGUGACUAUCACGAGGCUGAAUGAGAUGACAGUGGGGUCUGCAGGGGAGAAUGGAGGUUCUGUUGGAACCUCUGCGACAAACCUUGAGCAAGGAAAUUUUGUAUUGGGAAAAGAUGAAUGUGAUGUUUCUGGGACUCCAUCAGCCUCAAGUUACUUACAUGAGAAUGGUGGUGCUGAGUGGGUGAAGGCAUUUGUGAAUCAAAUGAUGAGUUCUACGACUCUUGAAGAUGCUAGAGCACGUGCCACUAAUGCCCUUGAGGUCUUAGAGCGUUCCAUCAGUACUCGAGUUGGGGCUGAGGCAAUAAAAAGUUUUCAUAAGGAAACUGUGAUGCUCAAGGAACAAUUGGAGGUCUCUGUUCGGGAAAAUGCCAUUCUCAAAAGAGCCGUGGCUAUUCAGCAUGAACGCCAAAAAGAGUAUGAUGAGAAGAACCUGGAGUUGCAGCAUCUGAAGCAGCUAGUGUCUCAAUAUCAGGAGCAGUUGCGAGUACUCGAGGUCAACAACUAUGCCUUGAGAAUGCAUUUGAGACAGGCCGAACAGAGCAAUGCCUGGCCUGGACGGUUUCAUCCCGAUGUAUUCUGAUUUACUAGGACAAAUGUCUACUAGGAAUUCGUGUUCCACAGAGCUGGUUCCUCAUACAAGACAUUCCAGUUCUUCCAACCUCUUUUCAACAGGCUAAAGGAGAUACAGUCAGAGAUCACUGCAUGGAGAACCUACUGCGAAGAACAUUUCCAUUUUCAAUUCGUUUGUGCUCGAGAAGAGGUGGGAUAGUUAUAGUUGCUGGGGGGUUUAUCUAGUAGCUGGGUGGUUACUGAGAUGCAGUGACCUUCUAAAGUCAGUCUAAUCAAGUUGAAAGUUUGUUGUAUUGUUUACGUAUGUCGUGCCCGCAAGAAUUUUGAUUGUGACAUUGCUAAAAAUCUAGUGCUAAGAUUUGCAUUUACUCUUGAA